GCCGACUUGUAAUGAGAAAACUGUUGAAACAGCUUGUCUGAAAGAAAAAAUACAAGUUCCUAAUAAAAGUAUUAAUUUCAGCACAUUUUAAAGGCUGAAACAGCUGCGAGUAAAUUUAUCUGUGAUGUCGGCAACUAUUAUCCCCCUAGCAAAUCCUAAAGGAGUAAAGAAGCUGUGCGAACUUUGCCAGAAACCUGCAAAACUUCAUUGCACAAGAUGCCUGGUCACAUUUUACUGUAACUCUGACCACCAGCAAACUGAUUGGACCAGUAUUCAUGGAAAAGUAUGUUCGUUGCUGGUAUCUAUCCACACACCUGCACCAUUCGGCACACUGCAGUCCGACAGAGAGCAUCACCACAAAGAAACACUGAAGAAACAGAAACAUCUAGUAGAGAUGGCUCAUUUAGAGUCGCAGAGGUGGGUGUCCAAGAAGAGGUUUCAAGAUGUGUUACCAGCCGCUCUCCUAUUCCUGCGCUGGGCCAUGCGAGUGCACGGAUCCUCUGCUGUUGAACUGGUGCCAGCUUAUCUACUGCUCGCACAGGCUAAUAUAGGUUUAGGUUCUCUCUCCCAAGCACAUGAGUAUCUGUCUAAGGCCGAGUGGACAGUAAUGGAAACACCAGGCUGCAGUCACACUGUCCUUCAUCAGCUACACAGAACCCUGGGCCGCCUUCAUGCUGCCAUGGGAAAAUACACAUCUGCUCUCACUCACUUUGCUAAUGAUGUGUACUAUGCAAGUGAAAUGUUUGGUUUGGGCAGUACUGUGACAUCUGGAGGAUAUUUCCUUAUGGCUGAUGUGUUUCUGAAGCAAAACAAGCCUGACAUUGCCCAGUCGCUCUACACAGAGGUGGCAAAUUCAUGGCACACUCACCUGUGUAAGUUGAUGGAUGGUAUCAGUCAGAGCAGCACUCAACCAGAGAAGUGUUUUGAUGAGGCCCAGUGUGUGGAGGCUGAUCAGAUGUUGGGAUGUAUCUUAGAGUUUGAGGAACAGUGUGUGAAGCCUCGCCCUGAGCAGUCAGCCAUGUUGGCACAUUCUCUGGCUAUGCUGUGGUUACUAUGCAACAACUACACCAAGGCAUUGGAGUAUGGGAAGAAGGCUGAGGCGUUGUUCCAGGGGUUAAGUGAGCAAAACAGACUGAGAGAGUCAAUCCAUAAUCUACUACAAUAUGCUGGAAAACAGUUGGAAUGAGACUGGCCACUAAACUACAUAACACAAACCUCCACAAAAAAAAAAAAAAACCCCACAAUAUACAGCACAACAGUCAAACUUUGUAUUUACACUGUACAGUGUUCAUAUUCGUUUAUUAAAUCCAUGGAUAUUGGGAGAUAUUGAUGUAUAAUUAAGGUGCAGUCACAUUAGCCAAAUUUCAUGGGCAAAAAAAGUCCAUUGUCUUGUUCAACAGUGAUGUAUGAAGCACAGCUCACACUCAAUUUACUUUUAAACCAAGCAGCUGUCUCUUGGUCAACAGUGAGUUUGUGAACUCCAACCUGUGGCGAAAUCUGUGUGUGAGGAAAUAUUUUACCCUCAUGUAAAAUUCCCAAGCGAUUCCUACUGAAAUAACUUGAUUUUGCCCAUGAAAAUUCACUGAACAACAGUAUAUGACCACACCUUUAGUGAGGCAGACCACAGCAAAAAUUGAAUAAAAGACCAGUGGAGAAGGCC